CUCAACUCUCCCACCUUGAUGCCCGUAACAACAUAUGUUGCGCUGGGCGCACUCGUACUCUAUGCCGUCGUCUGGGUCAUCUGUCUGAACGGUCUACGGGUUGCUCGUGCGCGCUAUGGCAAGAAACUCGCCCCAUCCCGCCUCGCCGCUCUGCCGGCAAGCAGCGUGCCCGGGGUCAGCGUGAUCCGGCCACUGUGCGGCCUCGACACGAACAUGUACUCGACGCUCGAGAGUGUCAUGCGCCUCAACUAUCCCAACUACGAGGUGAUCUUUGCUCUGCAAGACCCCAAGGACGAGGCGCUGCCCGUCGUGCACAUGGUCAUGGCCCGGCACCCGCACAUUUCCGCACGGGUCGUGAUCAACUCAAACAAGGUCGGCGUCAACCCGAAAGUCAACAAUCUCAUGGAACCGUUCGCGCAGGCGUCGCACGACAUUCUGUGGGUGUUGGACGCGACGGUGGCGGUCGCGCCUGACGCACUCGGGCGCAUGGUUGACGCGUUUCUCGGCCGCCGGGGCGACGAAGAGAGCGCGCCGCUUAUCGCCGACGGAGAGAGACCGCCGCCGUCGCGCGGGAUGGUCGGACUCGUACACCAGGUCCCCACCGCCGUCGUCUACCACGCGACAUGGGGCAGCCUCAUCGAACAGGCGUACCUGAACACGACCCACGCCAAGAUGUACCUGAGCAUUAACAACGUCGCGAUCGAGUCGUGCGUCGUCGGCAAGAGUUGCAUGUAUUCUCGCGCCAACAUCAACGCGCUCUCGUCGCCGGCGCCCUCCCUGGCCUCGCAGAACGUGCACGGCCUCGCGGGCUUUGGGCCUUUCAUGGCUGAGGAUAACAUGAUUGCCCUGUCGAUAUGGCACGAGCUGGGCCUCAAGCACGCCAUGACGGGCGACGUCGCGACUGACUUUCUCGGUGCCCUCUCCGUGAAAGACUAUUUCAUGCGACGGGCGCGCUGGAUCCGCGUGCGCAAGAUGAUGACGCUCCCCGCUACCUCGAUGGAGCCGUUCACCGAGAGCAUCCUCGCCAGUCUGUAUGGCGCGUGGGCCGUGCACCACCUCUUUGGUGUGUCGCGGCUGCUGUUCUGGGUGCUCAGUAUGGGCGCAUGGCUAGCGACCGACCUCGCGGUCAGGAGGGCGCUGGCGACCAAUGUGAGGCACGUCGGCCCACCACAGCCUACGAGUCGGUUCUUGCUGGCCUGGGCGGCGCGGGAAUGCCUUGCCCUCCCGAUCUGGCUGUAUGCCAUGGCCGGGAGUCGGGUUGUAUGGCGCGGCAAAGCGUAUCGCGUCCUUGCCUCCGGUGAGGCCAAGCGGCUCGACUAAUCAUAUCUCCAGCAUUUGCCUCCCAGUGUGUCCCCCCACCACCCACCCCCCACACCUUCUACCCAUGUAGCAUAUGCAUAGACACCUAGACGCGCG